GUUAUUCAAGUGGUUGUUCGUCGUGAAUUAUCUCUUGUUAAUUUGUCUACGUCGAGAAUAGGAAAUUGUCAAAAAUUGAAAACAAAAAUAAUAGUUUUAAAGUGUGAAUAAUGUUUUGCGUCUCAGUACUCCUACUGGAUAAUUAUUUAUAUUUAUUUGAUAGGUAACCAAGAUGUCGAGGCAGAGCAAACGUAGAUUUGAAAUGCGAUGCUGCGUCCCGCUGUGCAAGAACGAUGCUGACAAUCUUCCCAAGGCCGAUGAAGUCUCUUUUCAUAUGUUUCCGGAAUCGCCCGAACUCCGCCAAUUCUGGUUGGACGCCCUGGAUUUGAACGAGCUGUUCGAAAGGGAUGAGAAGUCGGUGCUGAGUGCAGUUGUUUGCUCGGAACAUUUCGCAAGCGCAGACCUGUAUAACACUAAGAGUGGAUUCAGAAAACUGAGGGUGGGUGCAGUGCCUUUGGUUAUACAGGAAUCCUUGGAAGAUGAGGAAAUUCAAUAUGAGGAGAGCCAGCAUGAGGAUCUUGAACAGUUGCAGAUAUGCAGAAUAUGCCUCGAGACCGAUACCAAAUUGUACCCAAUGGGCCAGAGCAAAUAUGUUGAAGCUUAUGAAAACCUGACUGGGUUUACGAUGUCUGACGACGACAGACUAUCGCAGACAUUAUGCCCGGAAUGCAUGCAGAGGCUGAUAAACCACGACAAGUUCCGAGAGAAGAGCCUCAAAGCUGAAUUAGUACUUACAGAGUUGCUUAAUAAAACCGAGUCGAAAAUAAAAGAUGAAGAACUAAAGAUGGAACGUAAAAAAUUUGGACUGACAUCGACUUUAGUUAAACAGGUCAUACUUUAUGACCCCUAUGAUCUAUUUAUACAAGAGGAUACAGAAUUUGAAAAUGACGAAUUAAAUGGUAGUAUAAAAGAAGAAUUUGUUAUAGAUGUCUCACAAGACUCAAGAGCGAAGAUAAAUCCAAACAAACAAACGAUAAAUCCAAAACCGAGUGUAAUACAGAAUACUAACACACAUAAUAAAUCAGGAUGUUAUCUGUCACCACAAAAACUAGCACGUAUUGCACCAAAACCAAAUAUAACGCCCGUAAGAAAAUAUGCUAAUCCAAAAAUUCAUAAAAACGAUGAAAAACAUGAAGAAACAAAUCAAACGGCCAAAGUCUAUGAGCAGACGUACAAAAAUGUACCGGCCAUCGAAAACGAAGUUAUCAUUAAACAAGAAGUAGACACAGAUAAUAUAGAGCAAUGCGUGCAGGUUGAUUACAUACCUGUCAUAGACGUUGUCAUAGACAAUAAAUUCAAAAUUGUCAGAAAGGAGGACCUAUUGCUGAAAAACGCACAAUUAAUCAUAAGCAAUAAAAAAGCAAUGCCGAUCGUGCAAGAGGUCGAUAUGAAUCGAGCGAUAAUAAAAAACAGAAACAAUACACCCAUUGGGUUGGAUCAUAACGUUAUUAAUAAGAUAAAGGGGUUUAGUAAUCAGAAAAAUGUAGCAGUUCAGAGGAAGACGCAAAAUAGAAACAAAAACGCUAUUGCGAACCAAACGCUUCCAGUGAUCAAAGGCGAUCGUAUAAUAAUGCCCGAUGACGACACCUCGAUUCUCCAAAACAUACUAACAAACACGUCGCCCGUGCAUAAGAAACCCAAAAUUGUAUCACCACCACAAAAAACUGGUGACACAUACAUAAAUAAACCCAAAAACCUAACUCCAGUUAAAAAAGAUAUACAAGCUAUCGACAAAGUUAAAACUGUUGCGAUUGAUGUCAACAACGAAGUACCGUUAAUUGAUUACGAAGAUCAGGAAUAUUAUGAAGAAUCCGUUGUUGAGACAGUUACAGAGGAUUACUUAGAUUCGCAGUCUGACGAUGAUUCGGAAUUCAAUAAUAUAAAACGGCAUGUUGCUAAAAUUAUGAAGAGUCAAAAGAAUUCUUCCGUCGCUUCUUAUACAGACCCUUCGGCUGAGGAGACGUACACCUCGAUACAUAUACCGGAUACAGAAGUAACGGAAGGUAACGAUGAGAAUAACGGCACGUGGGAUGAAAACAACGAAGGCAACGAUGAUAACGACGAAAAUUGGGAGCAGGACGACUAUUCUGAGGAUCAAUAUGAAGAAAACGCCCAAAACAGCGACGAAGCCGAGAACGAUUACAAUUACAUAAUAAACGAGAAGACAGACACAGAAGCGGUGAAAAGGACCAAAAUGAGCAGAAAACGCAAAUCCGUGCUACUCAAUUACGGCAAAACAUACUUCUACGACGACCUCAACGAUGUCAUAUUCACGAUACAACAGCUGAGCUUCGAGGAGCAACUCGUCGAGAUAAGGAAGCGUUUGCACACCACUUACAAAGACACGACGUACAAAUGCGACCUGUGUUUCAGAGGGUUCAUGCACAAGUACGCAUUCGACAGGCACAUGUCUUUGCACGCCAGUAAUGAUGGCGAGUACGGGUGCGCGGUGUGCAAGUUCAAAUUCCGGAGCGCCAAGUUGCUGGAGGCCCACCAAGCGGCCCGGCACGCUACCAAGUUUAGCUGCAACCUUUGCGAGUUCACUACUACAGCCCACGAACCGGCGAGACUGCACGGCAUGAAACACCGUGGCAUCAAAUACCAAUGCCCUCAUUGCUCCGAGGAGGGAAUACGAUACACGGUGCUAAUGGAUCACAUAGCUAUAAUGCAUUCACCGGAGAGUUUGUGCAGCGUGUGCGGUCUGAAGUUACUCAGCGACGAGGAUUUGGAACGUCACAAGCAAGUCAGGCACGAUAGCGAUCUUGUCAGGUGGGACAACGCGACGCACUGCGACACCUGCGACGUUCUAUUCGCUUCGGAGGACGCGUACAGAUUGCAUUUGGGCGUGUCCAUCAAACACGACAGCGAAUUCAUCAGUCAGCAUUUGAGAGCUAAAUGUAGCGAAGAGGAGGAAUUCAUCAAAUGCCCCAGUCAGUAUAAGAAACCAGAGAUUCCCAGACCGCUCACAUGUGAACAGUGUGGUAUAAAACUGCCCACCCUAAGGAAGUACCACGCUCACUUCAGGCGCGAACACCCAGACAAGACGAGAACCUUCUACCCGACUAUGAAGAAAAAGGUCAUGUGCGAGCUGUGCGGGCGGUUCUUUAAAGCGCAAUGGCAAUACGUUGAGCACCUAAGGCUGCACACAAACGAGCGACCGUUCUCGUGCGAGCACUGCGGCAAGACUUUCAUAACGAACCGCCUUUUGUGUGCGCACCGCUACGUGCACGGCGUCGGACGCGCACGUCCCGAUAUCAAGUGCAAACUUUGUGGGAAGACAUUCGCGAAUAAGGGCAAUCUACAUAGGCAUAUGGGCGUGCACACAGACGAAAAGCGGUUCAAGUGUGAGAUAUGCAACACUGCGUACCGCCAGAAGGCGGAGAUGAAGUCGCACUACGAACACGUGCAUCUAAGGAAGCCUUGGCCGAAGCGACACAGGACGAAGCGCGACGAUGGCCGGACUAAAUCGUUGGUGACAUCGGAGGAUGACUCCUCGCAGACUUUUAAAGAAGAAAUUGUCGAAGAAAUGGAAAUUGAGUACUAAGGAUUUCGCGUUAAGAAAAGAGAUGGAUAUAAUAAGUUUCUUGCAACAGAACACAAAGAUACAAUACAAGUAAACAUGGUGUCAGGGUGUAAAGACGGUCGUGUAAAGGCAGCCUUAUCACGACCGGGAGUUUUUAGAGUGAUCGGAAGAGAGCCAUUUUGGGACUAAUUUUUUUUUGUUACAAAUAUGGCAUUAAAAUCGACCCAAACUAAAAUCGCCGUUACGGAAAACGGCGUGGCGCUCUUGUGCCGUUACGCUAACGUGUGUGUGCGUGUAUAAAAUUAAAAUAUUUCAUUGUUUUUUUUUUUUAUUAUUUAACUCCAUGUUUUCCGUAUUGGUUUUUGUUAAUUAUGAAUUCUUAUAUUAACUUAUGUUUUACUAUUGUCGGAAGAACCGUGAUGGGCAACUUUUUUUAUUUUUUAAUUUAGUUUUAAAAAGCUUUAAUUCAUUUUCUCGUACUGAUUCUUCUGAGCCCAAAUUCGACUAGUCUAUUAAGAGUUUCACUGUCUGUCAAUUAGUGCAAUCAUUUCAUGUUUUUGGUUUAAUAACGAAUCUCCCUAGCGCAAUGUUGGACACAGUGGUCUGAUUAGUGGGAAGAACCGGGUCCGAUCCCGAAUAAUUUCCAAACUAUCUCUGGUCUGAACGCCGAUUCUGUAUCUCAAAACUAAUGAAUCAAUCGAUAGCACAGGUCUCCUCCCACAAUGCGAAGGGGGGUGAGGCCGUUGUCCACCACUCUGGCCCAGUGCGUAUGGUUGGACUCCACACAUCAUUAAGAACGUUAUGUAGAACUCUCAGGCAUGCAGG